AUGGAGUCCAUUAGCAGAGACACGAAGCGUCUCUUCGUCUUACUACUGCUCAUCAUCGCUUCUAUCCCAUCAUGCACUGGGAUCCCAGAAGGCGUGAGUUUGGAAAAGUCUGAGGCCAGUGGUUUCCUCCAUCGCACUCGUCGAGCAAACUUUUUCCUGGAGGAAAUCAAGCAAGGCAAUCUGGAGCGUGAGUGCAUCGAGGAGAAAUGCUCCUAUGAGGAGGCCAGGGAGAUUUUCGCCCACCCACAACAGCUGGAGAACUUCUGGAGGACAUACACAGCUGUAGACAAAUGUUUGUCCUCUCCCUGUAAGAAUGGAGCGACGUGUACUCGAAACAUUGACACCUACAUCUGCAAAUGUCCACCAGGUUUCCAUGGGUACAACUGUGAAAAAGUGCGUUCAACCUCCCCCAGCUGUCGCUACAGAAAUGGAGGAUGUGAACAUUUCUGCAGAGAGCUUCCGGAUGGUUCUCACAUGUGCUUUUGUGCGCCGGGAUACAGACUUGAACUGGACAACAGUACCUGCAUGCCUGAAGAUGCUGUGGUCUGUGGAAGGCCUCAGGUACAUUUUGCCCCCAGGGUUGUUAAUGGGAAGAUCUGCCCCAAAGGACAUUGUCCGUGGCAGGCUCUUCUGACUGAAAAUAACAUAUUCUCCUGUGGCGCCAUCGUCUUGUCAGAUCGAUGGAUUUUAACCGCAGCUCACUGUGUUCAUCUCAAACCUAGCACCGUGCUCCACAUCGUUGUUGGUGAGCAUGACAUAAGGGAAGAUGAAAAAACAGAACAGCGGCGGCGGGUGCUCAAAGUUGUGUGCCAUGAAGGCUACAACGUGACUAGCUCCGACAGCGACCUGGCUUUGUUGAAGCUUUACCGCCCAGUAAAACUGGGCCGCCACGUUGUGCCCAUCUGCCUUCCUGCCCGCAACAGCACCUUCACCCGGACGCUGGCAACCAUCCGCCACUCAACUGUGUCUGGUUGGGGUCGUCUGGCACAGUUUGGCUCCACCGCAAGAUACCUGCAGCGUCUGCAGCUGCCGAGGGUCCCGGUGCAGGAGUGCCGCCUCCACACUGGGCUCAACAUCACCAACAACAUGAUUUGUGCCGGCUUCAAGCGUGGCGGCCAGGAUGCUUGCGAGGGUGACAGCGGGGGCCCACUGGUGACACGCUACAAGAAAACCUGGUUCCUUACAGGUGUGGUGAGCUGGGGGAAAGGGUGCGCCCAAGAAAACAUGUACGGCGUCUACACGAAGGUCACCAACUUCCUGGACUGGAUUGAGAAUAUCAUGGCAACUGGCUAA